GUCACGAAGACAACAUCGCGCUCAUUGUAGCUUUUUGUGCCAAGACAAACUCCUAAAUAAUGGGACAAGCGAAGAGCUGCGAGGGAGAGGACAAAACCUCCUCUGGUCAAUGCGCAGCAGUAGACAGCCCUUCAACAACAGAAGAAGAGAAUCUGUCCAAAGCCAACAUCACUUUUACUCUGGAUCUGUUCAGAUCUUUGGGAAACCAAAACAAAAGCUCCAAUGUUUCCUUCUCUCCUCUCAGCGUCUCUGCAGCACUCUCCAUGGUGCUACUUGGGGCCAAAGGCAGGACAGCAGAUCAGAUGAGAGAGUGCUUGAAAACUAAAGAUUGUAAAGAUGUCCAUUCCAGUUUUGCUGCCCUGUUGAAAGAAUUAAACAAAACAGAUCCAUCAUAUGCUGUCAGUAUUGCCAACAGACUGUACGGAGAACAGUCCUACGAGUUUAUAGAGAUGUUUCUUGAAGGGACCAGAGAAUUCUAUAAUGCAGAGCUAGAGACUGUGGACUUCAUCAAAAAAGCAGAAGAAGCACGAAUCCAAAUGAACCGCUGGGUGGAGGAGCAGACACAGGGUAAAAUUAAUGAAUCUUCUGGGCAAAGAUACUGUGGACAGUGCAGCAAAGUUAGUGUGCUGGUGAAUGCCAUCUAUUUGAAAGCCGACUGGGAGAAGCAGUUUGAAAAAAAGAAGACACGGGAUGCGAAAUUUAGACUUAACAAGCGUCAAACUCAGACAGUGAAGAUGAUGCACCAGUCAGGGGACUUCAUGUUAAGGAAAGUUAAGGAAAUCAGCUGCCAGGUGAUAGAGAUGUUUUAUACAUGUGAGCUAAGCAUGCUCAUUUUUUUACCUAAUGACAUAAAGGACAGUACUACAGGUCUGGAGAAGCUGGAGCAGCGACUGACCUACAAGUCCUUUGUGGAGUGGACCCGCCGAGACAAAAUGACCCUGUAUGAGGUGGAUCUGAGACUUCCUCGAUUCAGGAUUGAGCAGAACUACGAGCUGAAUGAGGUCCUGAAGACCAUGGGCAUGGAGGACGCAUUUGACCACUGCAAAUGUGACUUCUCUGGAAUGUCACCUGCCAAAGACCUGAUGCUGUCCCAGGCCGUCCACAGAGCUGUUGUUGAUGUGAAUGAAGCAGGAACAGAGGCGGCUGCUGCUACAGCAGCGUAUAUGAUGUUAAAAUGCUCAUUAAUGUAUAUACCUCCUCCACGAGCCACUUUCAACGCAGAUCACCCUUUCAUUUUCUUCAUCAAACACAUUACCACUGACACAGUCCUGUUCGCUGGGAGAUUCUGCUCAGAACAAUAAUUCAGUGCAUUACAUUUACUCACAAGAGAGGACACACUCUGGACCUGCUCAUUACAAAGGGUGUAAAUAUUUCAAAUGUCAAUGUGGUUGAUGUUGCUCUGUCUGAUCAUUUCUGUGUCUUCUUUGACCUGUCUGUUAUUCCCAAACCACCGGCUGCUCCUACAGUUGUUCGAAGGAGACACAUAAAUGAUAACACAGGUGCACUGUUCAUGGAAAUGAUAAAUUUUGAAAUUGCCUCAUGUUCUAAUGUUGAUGAUGUGUUGAACUCUGUGACUUUGAGUGUUUUGAAUGUUCUGGAUGCCAUCGCCCCGAUAAAGGUUAAAAUGGUUAAAGAUAGGCAAAAAGCUCCGUGGAGGAAUGAUGACUCAGUUAGAGCACAGAAAAGGGAGUGCCGGAAGGCUGAGCGGAAAUGGCGCAAGUCAAACCUCCAGGUUCAUUAUGAGAUUUACAGAGGAACAAUGCAUAUGUACAACUACACUUUGAGUAAAACAAGAGAGAAGUAUUUUUCGGACAUUAUUGGUAAUUGCAGUAACAACUCUCGUGUCCUGUUUGCAACAGUGAACAGAUUAACAAACCCUCCAGCUCCACUGCCACUAGAACUAAUUUCCACAUCUAAAUGUAAUGAGUUUGCAGUUUUCUUUAAUGACAAAGUUCAGGGCAUCAAAAAUGCCAUCAAUUCCACAACACAAAUAACAAGCAUGCAGCCACAGAGACACUUAGAGCUGAAUCACUUUGCACCUGUAACUGACAAAACUGUUUUAGAGAUCGUUACCAGUCUGAGUUCAUCUACUUGCUGCCUGGACAUGUUACCCACUAGAUUUCUAAAGUCUGUCCUCAACAGUUUACUUUCACCACUCACUCACAUAGUUAACAUGUCACUUCAAUCUGGAACAUUCCCAAACGCAUUGAAAACUGCGGUCAUUAAGCCUCUCCUAAAGAAGAGCAGUCUUGAUGCCACAGUACUGAACAAUUUCCGACCCAUCUCAAAUCUGCCGUUUUUUGGCAAAGUCCUUGAAAAAGCUGUUUACCAACAGCUUACGAACUUUCUCCAAAUGAACAACUCCUUUGAUGUUUUCCAGUCAGGUUUUAGAGCCCACCACAGCACUGAGACUGCUCUUAUCAAGGUGACAAAUGACAUCCGCCUGAACACUGAUGCAGGCAAAGUCUCAGUCUUGAUCCUGUUAGAUCUGAGUGCUGCUUUUGACACUGUUGAUCAUGGGAUCCUCUUACAGAGACUAGAGGACUGGGUGGGCAUCUCUGGUACUGUACUAAACUGGUUCAAGUCCUAUCUAGAAGACAGGAAGUAUUUUUGUUGAAAUUGGAAACUGUGUCUCAGAUCACAUGGCCCUGACCUGUGGGGUGCCUCAGGGGUCAAUCCUGGGCCCCCUGUUGUUCAAUCUCUACAUGCUGCCAUUAGGCCAGUUAAUAAGCAGCAAUAACGUGUCCUACCACAAUUAUGCAGACGACACUCAGAUCUACGUCUCUCUGGCAGCAGGAGACUAUGGACCAGUGGACUCACUUGGUCACUGCAUCCAACAGAUCAGUGUGUGGAUGCAAAACAACUUUCUCCAGCUAAACUCUGACAAGACUGAAGUCAUAUUCUUUGGUCCACAGAAACAAAGGGACAGUGUCAGCAGUCACCUCCAGUCUCUCUCUCUAAAACCUUCAAAUCAGGCAAGAAAUCUAGGGGUAAUAAUGGACUCAGACUUGAACUUUAACAGUCACAUCAAAUCAAUAACAUCUGCAGCCUUUUACCAUCUAAAAAACAUAGCAAAAAUCAAAGAUUUACUGUCUAAAGUAGACUUGGAGAAACUUAUCCAUGCGUUUGUCUCCAGUAGAUUAGACUACUGUAAUGGUCUGCUCACUGGUCUCUCCAAACGAGCUGUGAGACAACUGCAGAACAUCCAGAAUGCUGCAGCUCGGGUCCUUACUCGAACUAGGAAGUAUGAGCACAUAAGUCCUGUGCUCAGGUCUCUGCACUGGCUUCCUGUGCCUCAGAGAAUAGACUUUAAAGCAGCUCUGCUUGUGUACAAGUCUCUCCAUGGCCGAGCACCAAAGUACAUCUGUGACAUGUUAGUGUCAUAUGAACCAUCUCGCACUCUGAGGACCUCAGGGACCGGCCUCCUGUUGGUGCCCAGAGUCAGGACUAAACAAGGGGAGUCAGCGUUUCAGGUUCAUGCAGCUAAAACCUGGAACAGUCUUCCUGAACAUGUGAGACAGACUCUUCUGUGACGCUGUUUAAAUCCAGGCUCAAAACAUUUCUGUUUAACUGUGCAUAUAACUGAAAGGUUUUCAUUCCGCACUCUUCUCUCCAAUUUAUGUCUCUCUUUUUUUAAUUUUAAUCUUCAUGAUUAUGUUUUGAUUUCUUUUUAUUAUGAUUUUAAUGUAUUUCUUAUUCUGUAAAGCACUUUGAAUUACUUUGUGUACGAAUUGUGCUAUACAAAUAAACUUGCCUUGCCUUGCCUUA